CGUUGCCGAAUUCCAGGUCAGACACGGACCGCUGGACCUUCCGUGAACUCUGUGUCUGGACACGACGGAGAUAAACGGACUCGUUCGCGGCUCGUUGUUGACAUCUACGACUUUUUUGUUGUUUUGUUGUUGUUGUUUUGGUUCUUUCAGUGUUUGUUGGAGGUGAGCAGCUGCCAUGUUUGAACAUCUGGAACAUCUGUCUGACUAGAGGAGGAAAAGUGACUCGUCAGCAGUGACUCAAACCGAGUUUCGACACUUUUACAGGAGGAUUAAUGACUUAUUCCUCUGUUCCAGUCGGUGUUCCGGUUCGUUCUGACUCACGGUAACUCCUCCGCCCAGACAGCCGCCGGGCCCCGGGGCUGCAGCCGCUCAACCGGGCCGCAGCCGCCGCAGACAUCCGGCCCCUGCCAGGUGGAGGCGUGUCUCUGGGCGGGAGGUUCGUGCCGAGAACACCUGAGUUAGGAACCGAAGAGCUGACAAUAGAACGACUCGCGGAUCCGUUAACAGCUCCGGUCACGAGGACACUAUGGACCGGAUCGACUGUCUCCGGGUUUGACGCUCCGGACGGAAACCGGGUCAGGGCGUGUUAAAGUGUGAUUCGGUGAACCGGGGCCAUGGCUCUGUCCCAGAUCCAGUGUCUGGACGACCACCACGUCAACUGGCGCGUGAGCGAGGGCAAACCGGAGUUCUUCUACAGCGAAGAGCAGCGGCUCGCGCUCGAGACGCUCCUUACCGGCGGCCGCGAUGCCUUCAUGGACUUCAUCCGCCAGAACGGGCUCCGGGAGUUUCUGUCCGAACCGGAGCUGGAGCGGAUUGCGCGCACGGCGGAGGCCUACCGGCCCGGAUACGAGCACCACCAGAAGCCCGACACGCCCGGACCGGGGAGCCUGACCCCGGGGAGCCUGACCGCGGGGAGCCUGACCCCCGCGGCCGCGGAAGUAGCAGAGGACGGGGAGGUGUCGCUCGAGUACUGGCCCGACCGAUCUGAGGCCUCGGUGGCGGAGCUGGACCUGGGCUGGCCCGAGUCCAUCUCAUACCGUGGGGUGACACGCGUGACCGUGUACACGCAGCCUCCCACCGAAGGGUUCACGCACAUCAAGGAGGUGGUGCGGAAGAGCAUUGCAUCAGCCCAGAAGGUGAUAGCAGUGGUGAUGGAUGUGUUUACAGAUGUGGAUAUCUUUCGAGACCUGCUGGAUGCGGCAUACAAACGCAAAAUUCCUGUAUACAUAAUCAUCGACAUGGCCGCCGUCCCCUGCUUUCUUUCUAUGUGUGCCAGGGCUGAUAUGCACCGUGGACACCUGAAGAAUCUGCGAGUUCGCUGCUGUGGAGGCGUGGAGUUCUUCACGCGAUCGGCUCAGAAGGUGCGAGGGUCUCUGAGCCAGAAGUUUCUCCUGGUAGAUGGAGACAGAGCCAUCUCAGGUUCAUACAGUUUUACUUGGUCCUCAUCUCGUUUGGACCGUAACCUCAUCACCGUGAUUACAGGACAGGCGGUGGAGACCUUCGACUUGCAGUUCCGUGAUCUUUACCUCGUGUCCAGAGGCGUGUCUCUCAACAAGGUUCCCAUGGUGGACGAACCCAUUCCUGACCCGAUCCCACACACAGCUCCCACUCCAGUACCAGCCUCCGUUGCCAGGAAGCUCAUAAAUCCCAAAUACGCCCUUGUUGCCGCGGGAACCCACACAAGCCCCACCUCCUCCGACCAGAACUCCAGCAACAAGAACUCGAGCUUCCAGAAUCCCACUGGGCUAAAGAUAAUGAAAGGACGUCUGAAGGAUGUAAUUGAAGAGUCGCCUUUACAUCCAGGAUUAGCCCAUCUGGAGAAAGCGUACCUGAUCCCGUACCUGCCCACCUGGCCGGAGCCGGACCCACCGAGCGAUGUGAUUGGCUUUAUUAACAUCAGAGAUGAAAAGCGGGCCAAUCAGGUUCACUUGCAGAGGUCGGAGAGGUUUGAGGUCAGUCAGGCGAUACGAUUCAGCUCCCCACUGACCAUGCCGCCCCAGACUGAGAAAUCUGCUUCAGAUCAGGAUACAAAAGCUGAAAAUCUUCCUGAAAAUACAAACCCCAAAACUCCUACUCCUGCCAGUCCAACCAACAAACCAAAUAAAGACCCAACAGUUUCCCCACAGCAGCCCAACAAACCUGCACCACAGGAUGCUCACAAACCAAAUGCACAACCGUCUACAUCACCACCAGUGGACAACAUUGUACAAAAUCCAGAGACACAACCUGCAGCACCUCCAGUUCCCAAACGGCGCACGCUGCAGCUAGUCAUAGACCCCGCCCCCCUAGAGCAGCCUGGCGAAGCACAGGUCACUCUGAUAAAAAUGGACCAAGUAGAUGGCUUGUUGACCAAAGCAAGACCCGAGAAGGAGCUGAUGCCCAGCCGGGGCCGCCUGACAUCAGCGCCCAACUACAGCAGGGACUCCGGCAGUAACGGUGACGACAGCCAGGACAGCACCAAGGUCAUAUGCGACCGCGCCGGCAACGACGAUCCUUCGAGCGCUUCCACGGCAUCGGAGGAGGAGUUUUAUGAUUGUAACCAGCAGGAACCGACUGACCCUUUGACCAACAUGGGGACGACCGGGUCGGGCCGAGGGAAUCGCCUAGGAGACGGGUUCAACGUGAUGGCCCGCCUCUCUCAGAGCAUGCUGGACCUGCGGGAGCCUAGCCAAUCAGACGACAGCAAAGCCCUCAUCCGCAAAUCACAGCAGCUGCGCAGACAAGGAUACCCCUCCCCACACAGGCACAUAGGACAGUUGUUUCAGACCUCUAGAUCUCCAGGUCGUGAUGGGAGACCGAGAGGACCAAAAGUUGUCAUUGCAAAACCGGGAAGUUUUCAUCGCCCGGCCCGAGCAGCUGGUCCAGUGAUUGGCGGACACCGUUACUGGCAGAGCCAAAUGCUGCAGCCCGACUCGGCCCAGCUGCGAGUUGAGUCCCGGUCUGGACGGUCGCCACGACGACACAGCCCUGGUUACAGGAAGACGGACCACAUAGCGCCGCAGCCACCAACCAACCAGUCCGGGUUACUGGGAGUUUCUUUCUCAAAGGUCAGCAGUUUAAGACACUUGAGGGCGCGGGGUGGAGUGUCGCAGAAGAAGGCACCUCAGAACAACAAGACUGGCAGGUAGAACUGUGGAGGUAACUGUGCAGGUAAACCGGCGUGUUUGUCAGCCGACGAUGUGGAAUCUUUUCUGUCUCCUUUCUUUUGUGAAAUCCUUGGGUGCAACAUAUGAGAACUAUUUAACUGGGAUUUUUUAAAUUUUAUUUUCUGGAUGUUUUUUUUUUUUUUCAAAGUGUUUUUGGCCAAUAAUGAAUUUAACGUGCAGAUAUUUAGAUGUCUGUGAGGAAAUAAUCCCUGAUAGUGAUGUAUCAGGUGGUAUUUGUGUUUACAAAUCUAUGCCUUAAACAGCAGAGCAUGGAUCUUUCCAGUUUGGAUGUUUUUGGAGAUGAUCGGUCUGUGCAGAUGUGGUACCAUAUUUGGUCAGCUGUGAUGCCAACUCAGGCACUUCAGUUUUGUACAUAAUCCUUCAGCAAAUACUUUCUAAAUUACCUCAACUGUCUUUUUCUUCUGUAGAAUUUCAUACUAUAACGUUUUUUCACGUCAAACCACACAGGUGCGAUGUGUCUGACACGUGCAAGAUCAGAUUACUCACUCAUACAAGUCAUGCUCAAGUGUUGAUACCGCUGUGACUGGUUACCGAUAGUGAGACGAGCGGGCUGCCAUGCUGAUUACUGGUAAAUAAUAUCAUUAAUUACCUGACGUGGGACCAAAAAUGAAUGUUGUAAAUAAAAAAAAAAAAACAACAAAAAACCAGA